AUGUCUCGACCACGCACUCGCAAAUUAUGGUGUGCUGUCCCUAGCAAUCUUAGGGAGCCAUUCUCUGUUGUGUGUUUUUCAGACCAGGACGAUAUUGAGACACUCAAGGAGAAAAUAUGGGAGAAGAUAAAGGAAAGAAUCAAGGAUACUGCACCUCACUACAGCAAUCUCACUCUCUACAGCCCUGUGGUGCAACUCAAUCAUGAAGAGCAGUUCAGGAUUGAUGAUGGUGAAUUCCUACAUCCACGCCGAAUGAUCACGUCCAACCCACUCUUCCCCGAAAGCAAGGAUCCAAAUGUGGAUAUUGUUGUUGUUGUGAGUGGAGAUACCACUGCACGGAAACGGAAGCGCUCUGAAUCACAAGGUGCAAAUAUACCUUGGACACGUCCCAUCACAAAGAAUCAAUUGAUAUGCCCUCGAGAGCAUACAGUGUCAAAACUUGCGACCAUUUUGGAUGAAGUGAACAUAGUCCAUGUGCGUGGAACUCCAGCCAGUGGCAAAACACGUCUCUCUGAACUUUUGAGGGACUACUAUCACAAAGAGGGAAGAAAGGUUUCCUUGAUCAAGGAAUGGGAAACACUCAAUCACAUGAAUCCUUGGCACAGUCUUGUCAAGCUUGUUGAGAAAUGGAAUGAAGAAACACAGGAUGCUCCCACCAUGACUUCAUUACAAUCCGAACAGGAUCUCUCUUGGGUUUUGACAUCAAACACUGUGAUUCUUGUGGAUGAGGCACAGGCAACCUACAAUGAUGAUGCGCUCUGGAACACAAUCUUCAAAGAGAGACUAACCCCUAGUGUUUACAAAUUUAAACUCUGUCUUUUCUGCUCUUACGGCAGUCCGGUCACAGGCCCAGAUCAAACAUUCUUCACUCCAGUCAGGUUUUCUGACCAACAACGCAUCUCAUUAACGCCACAAAGCCAGGAAGACUCACCACCUAUUGGUCUAUUUUAUGACAAAGAAGAGUUCAAGGAUGUUGUUUCACGGUUGCUUACAUUUUAUUAUGAAGAGAGAUUCAAUUUUAAUGAAGGUGCCCUGGAGUAUAUAUUUGCUCUAUCGAAUGGCCAUCCAGGAGCGGUGACAUCGAUAGUUGAUGUACUUUAUGAGGCCUAUCGCCAAGACAUCAAGCAUGGACAUAUUAGGACCUUGACAGAAGAUCAUGUCAUCUGGUUCCUGGAGGACGCUGCCACAGUCUUUGACAAACUAAGCACCCGGCCAAUUUAUCGCUCCUUUCCAGAUAUAUCAAGAGCUACAAAUGGAAUCUCCAACACAUUGUGCAAAAUCACAGAAGAAGGAAGUAUUCCAUUUGAUAUCAAUGAUGCAAGUAUCAAUUUCUGUUAUCAGAAAGGUUGGAUUCACAGGGUAGCUCUGGAUGGUGAUGAUAUUGCAGUUCUGCCAUCACGCUUACAUGAAAAAUACAUUGAAUAUUCAAUUGGCACAAUGUCACUGCCCCUGCCUGCCAGAUUUGACUCACUACCAAAAUUAUGCAAGGAAAUCCUCAGCAAAUUCUCCAUAAUGAACUUAAGGCAUUCAGUUGAGGGCAGAAAAAUGUCAAGCGCGUCACAACCCAGACCUGUGGAAGCCCAAUACCAGGAUGAAUUCUACAGGGGAUUCAACCAUGUAGCAGGGCGAGGUGUGCUGAUAUCCAGUGAGUGGUCAAGGACCAAGGACAGUCGAGUGGAUUUCUAUAUCCCAGAAAAGAAAUGGGUGAUUGAAUUAUUGAGAAAUCAUGAUAAAGUUGAUGAACAUAUCUCUCAAUUCAAGGAGGGUGGCAAAUAUCAUCCCUGGCUGAAGGAGAAUAUGGUCGAGGAUUGGAUCAUAAUUGACUGUGCGACUUCUUUACCAACCAAAGGGUUUUCAGAGCCUAGGCUAUGGCAUGCUGUAUUCAUCAAUGAUUAUUCUGAGUUGCAGCUGUAUAAUCAUCAGAAAGCUCUUAUGAUGUCUGUGCAUCUACAUAAUUGA